AUGUCCUUCCUCGGCGGCGCAGAGUGCUCCACGGCGGCAAACCCGCUCAGCCAGUUCACAAAGCAUGUGGGAGAUGACAAGUCAUUGCAGAGGGACCGGCUCGUGGGGAGAGGUCCUGGUGGACUGCAGGAGAGCAUGAGAAGUCAGGCUAUGGGCGGCGGUAGCGAUGGGAUGAUGAACGAGUUUAUGCAACAGCCCGCACAGCUGCCCCACGCACCCGGACCGGCAUCCCCUUUCGCCAUGGAGCACAUGCGGAGAGAACUCGAGCGGCUACAGCACAGCGGGUCGCCUGGGUGGGCGGCCGAGUUUGACCCGGGGAUGGAGGCGCCUGCUGCGAUGGGUCCUUCUAUGCAAGAGCGUCCGGCGGGGUUCAGCCCUGCCGAGUUCGCAAAGUACCAGCAGAUGAAUCCUAUGGCGCGGACAGCAAGCCCGACAGUGAGCUCAGCACCAUCCAUGAUGGCAUACCAGAGGCCCAUGGGCUAUGGUAUGGGUAUGUCUCACUUGGGUGUGGGAAUGGGGAUGGGCUAUGGAGGCAUGAUGCAUCAGAACUACACACCGCAGCACUUCCAGCAGCCGAUGCAGGAGGGCAAGGGCAAAGGCCGCAUGGUCGAGCUGGACGACCACGACUGGGAAGCACAAUUCGCGCAGCUGGAGAAGACGGACCAGCAGCAGGAGACCGAGGACCUGGACGCUCUGGAUAGGGAGGCAAACGCGCGCAUCGAGGCGGAGCUGGACGAAAUGGACAGGUCAGUGGAUUUGGAUUUUGGCGAUUUCGAGUCCGUGUGGAAGGGCAUCCAGGCUGAGACUGAGAUUGCUAGACAACUUGCCAGCGAAGAGAAUUUCCUCGACAGUUUGCAUGCGGGGGAGAUGGAUCAGUGGGAAGGGUUCGACGGGUUGAAUACGCAUACCACCACGGAUCCGCAGAUGGGAGAUUAUCUGUUUGAGCAGAAUAACCUGUUCAACGAUAUCACGAAUCCCUUCGAGGAGGGUAUGAAGAUCAUGGAGGAGGGAGGCAACCUCUCACUGGCAGCGCUCGCCUUUGAAGCUGCCGUCCAGAAAGACCCCCAACACAUCGCCGCCUGGGUCAAGCUAGGCGAAGCCCAAGCCCAGAACGAAAAGGAAACACCUGCUAUCCGCGCUCUCGAACAAGCCCUCAAACUUGACCCCUCCAACCUCGAAGCCCUCAUGGGCCUCGCCGUCUCCUACACCAACGAAGGCUACGAAAGCACCGCCUACCGCACCCUGGAGCGCUGGGUCGCUACCAAGUACCCCAGCCUGAUCAAAGAACCCCUGUCAUCGGACGCAGAAAUGGGCUUUACAGACCGGCAUCUCCUCCACGAAAAAGUCACCAACCUCUUCAUCCAAGCCGCGCAACUGUCCCCCUCAGGCGAGCAUAUGGACCCAGACGUCCAGGUGGGCCUAGGUGUCCUCUUCUACGGCGUAGAGGAAUACGACAAGGCCGUCGAUUGCUUCGGCGCGGCGCUCGACUCGACGGAGUCCGGUACUACGAACUCCUCGGGGCAGGUGCAUCUGCUGUGGAAUCGGCUAGGGGCCACGCUGGCGAAUUCGGGCCGCUCCGAGGAAGCCAUCGACGCUUAUAGCCGCGCUCUCGCUAUUCGCCCCAACUUUGUGCGCGCAAGGUAUAAUCUGGGGGUGAGCUGCAUCAAUAUCGGAUGUUUCACGGAGGCGGCGCAGCAUCUGCUCGGGGCGCUGGCGAUGCACAAGGUCGUGGAGAAGGAGGGUAAGGAGCGGGCGAGGGAGGUUGUCGGGGAUGGAGUCAGCGAGCGCGAUCUCGACAAUAUGAUUCAUCAGAAUCAAAGCACGAAUCUGUAUGAUACCUUGAGAAGGGUGUUUGGGCAGAUGGGCAGGAGGGAUUUGGCGGAUCUUGUCGGGCCGGGUAUGGAUGUGGAGCGGUUUCGGGGCGAGUUUGAGUUUUGA